GACUCUGUAUCUUUUUUUAUCUCCUUUCAGAUUUAGCAAACAUAAUUGAUAUGGAAAUUGGUAUUGAAAGUUUGUUAGAUGUUGCCUUAGGAGGACCUGAAAUUGGGCCUCUUAAUAUGUCGGUUCUACAUGGCUUAUUACGAGAGGUUUUUCAAAAAUUAAAUCUUUCAAAUGAAACUUUAUUAAUUAGUGAAAAUCAUUCUGACUUUAGUGAAUCAUUUAACUUUAUUAAAAGUAAGUUUGAUGCAAAUAAAAAUCGACCAAGAACUCCACGAGGUAGUUUCAAACUAGGAAGAUCAAAAGUUUCUGUAAUUGUUACUGAUUAUUUUCGCAAUCCAUUAGGAAAUACAAAUCCCUCUGAAAUCAAUAACAAUAUCACUUUGUCAGCUUCAGCAGACGUAGAAGAUAGAAUUAGAUACUUAGAGUCGCAAUUAAAAGGAUUAAAAGCAUUUCCCUCUGUUAAUGAACUACGAGAAUGGGCAAGAGAUAAAAAAAAUCCAGACACAAUUGUUACUGAUUUAUGGCAUUUUGUCAGUCUGAAUCAUAGAAUGGAUGGCGUUGAAGAAGGAAUGGGAAAGUUAAGCGAGCUAGUGGAUAAAUUAAUUCCAGAGUUAAAAAUGAAUUUUGAAGAUCUAAGAAAAAUUAAAGGACAGAUAGAUGAUCUAUAUAAUCAAUGUAGUACUCUAACAGAUUGUGUAUCGCAGAUUGAUGAAAGAAUUGAUAAUGGAGUAGUAAAAGCUGAAGAAAAAUUGCAGGAAAUUUAUAAUAAUGAAAAUGAGUUACACAAAAUGUUGAAUAGUUAUGCAAAAAUUUCUGAUCUUGAAAGUUAUACACCUACGCAUGUUUUUAAUGAUGCUCAAGAAAAAGCAUUGGCUCUUUUUGGAGAAAUAAAGGAGGAUAUAUCUUCUAACGUCUCAGCUGAAUUGCAUAAUAAAGUGGAUAAAGGAGAAGUAGAAAUGUUGUCUAAUUGGGUGAAAAUUUUAAGAGCUCAAAUGGAAACUGUUCCUUCCAAAGAUGAUUUGUUGCAUAUGGAUUUGUAUGUAAAAUGGCCACAGCUUGAAGAUGCAUUAACUACAAGUUACUCAAGUAGGCCAUGCAGUCGACAAGGUUGUUGUAAAAGUAUAAAUAGAAUGACUGGGUAUGAAAAAAACUCUGAUACUGGUAAUGAACAAGUGUGUCCCGAAAUUUUAACAAUGUGUCACAAGAAAAAGUUUCCGACAGCAUCAUGUUUGCAAAGACUUCAAGAUUUGGGAUCAGUUGUAGAAAAACAAGCAUCUUUAAUGGAUGCUUUGCAAUCAACAAGGGUAGAGUUGCAAGAUAAAGCUUCUAAAAGUGACUUGGAAAAAUAUGUACUCCAAGAAGAUUUGCAGCACUUAUUGUCAAUGCUUACAAACUUGAGACAAGAAGUUAACAGCAUUCAAAACUGGAGAGAAAGUGUUGAUGAAGAAAAAAUCCCUGCAAUUCGUGAAUUGAUGGCUGUUCUAGAAAAACAGGCAUCAGAUCUUUUGGCAACUCUUGAACAUCUUAAUUGUGAUAGAAAUCAAAAAGAUAAGCAAAUUGAUAAUCUUUUUACGUUUGUUGAACGCCUUGAGCAGUGUAAGCUGGAUAAAAAUGAUUCUUGCCUUGAACAGUUUGCUAGAAAGACAUCUAUUCAACCAGCUGUUGAAGGUUUUAUGGCUGAAAGGCUUCCUCAAUUAAACUCACAAAGUGGAAUAUUUAAUCAAAAUAUAUCUCCUUGUGGUAACAAGAAAUACACACUUUCUCAUGAUAAUGAAGUUGAACUUUUAAAUAAAUCUCUGUCGAUUAGCUCAGUCUCACCAAAUGACUUUAUAAAUACAAAACUAACAGAUCAUAAUAAAGACCUUUUAUUCAAUAAUAGUUAUAAUGAUAAAUUUUAUAAAGAAAAUGAAGAAAAUUAUAAAGAUAAAGAAUCUUUAAGCGAUUUAGAUGAUGAAAUUGAAGAAUUAAAUUUGUGCAAAGAAUCAGAUUACACAGAUGCUAAACCAGAAAGUUGUAAUGUAGAAAAAAAAUUAUUUGACCAAACUAUUUCCAAGUUAGAAAGUUUGUUAAAAACGAUUGCUGUAAAACUUAAAAAUCAUAAAAAAACAUGUGAAAAAAAUUUGUCAAGAGUUUUUGACAACUUGGAUAACAAACUUGAUCGAUGGGAACUUCAACCACUACAAGAUUAUUUAGAAGAAAGGUGUAAUUCAUUGUCACAACAACAGGAGGAGUUUCAAAAUGAAAUCCCUAAUUCAAGCAAACUUCAGAAAAAAAGUUCCUGGUUAGAAGGAUCUCAAAACAAUUCAAGUAAUAUACAUAAACGAACAGGGAAAUCUUUUAAAGACAAAGCUCCUUCUAAAAAUCAAUCACCUAAUAUAGUUUGUACUCAUCCUCAUUAUGGUAAUGGUUUUCUUCCUCAGGAAAAAGAGGCAGCAGCUGUCCGAAAGCAAAUGAACUUUAACUGCUUAUCAUGUGACCGACCUCUAAUUCUUCAAACUAACAAUCACUUACAAACUAUUCGUGGUCGACCUUUUAAUGCUUACGAAUUAGAUCAGUUAAAAUUACUGCAAAAAGUUUUGCGCGGAGAUAGUUCUAAGCAAAAUCGAUCAUGUGGAGGAGAAUAUACGCUCAAUACACCAAUGCAGAAGUUAAAUGUUCGAAUAAAUACUGGUAUGAGCCUUCCAUCAGUUCCAAAAGAAACUAACCAAUCAUUUAUUGACAACGAAAUCGAUAUAGAAGGUGUUGACGGUCGCCUUUACAGGGGGUUGUUAUCAAGAAGGGAUUUAAGUAAACAGCACUCCCGAAGUAAAUCGGAAACAGCUGAGUUGCGUACUGUAAGUCCUCGAAUUUCAUCUGGGUGAAAGAUUUUAUUUGAAAAAUGAACUUUUGCGUUUGUUAAAAAUUUGAAUUACAAAAUAUACAAGGUUAAAUAUUUUGCGCUGAUUAUAAUGAACAAUAUAUAUAAAUAUAUUUAUAUAAAUAAACAAUGUUAAAUAU